CCAGGAUCGCCAACCAUGAGAUGUCAUGCGCCCCCAGGCGCAGCUGGCAUGCUGCCAUGUGGAGGGCGAAGAUGGGUCAACGGAGUCUGCGCCCCACCCUGACCCGAGCUCGUGCUGAGUAUGGUCGUGUGUUCCCAGGACUGCUGCCAGCUCGACCAGUGAGAGCAAUCGCGGGAUGUCAAAGCAAGCUGAAAUAUAUUAGAGUCGCUCUUGCGCUUUAUCUUUGACAUCCAACUUCUUGUCUCUCUCUCUUGCGGCCAACCACCCCCCAUCUCAACAAGACGACAGAUCAGCUGGACUGGUUCUCAAUACACAGCAACGCGGCAUCUGCUCUCAUUUCUCACAACCAUCACUCAUAAUGCGCUGGCUCGCAUUGCCUCAAGUAGCUCUGGUAUCUCUGCUAAUGGUCAUCAGACAUUCUAGAGCGGCCCCAACCACUCUUGCUGCCGUGAACGUUGUGUUCUCAAGGACAAUCGUCGACGACGGCCUCGCGGCACCGAACGUCAUAGGCCCGAUGAUCCUGACCGCUCGAAGUCCGCUUCUGGGGUCGGUAGGAAGGUUGUUUGGAAAGAAGGUAUUGACAAGUGCGCCUAAAAAGAAAUUGUACACUCACGUUCCGACUACCUUGACUACUCCAAUCGUUGCUCAGCCAGCAAAAUGGGUACGACCUCAGAAGAUGCAACUCUUGGAGACCAUUCCUGAAAAGGGAGUCGUGAAAAAGACGUGGUACGGCAAGAAGAAAGAGACGGGCAUGACCAAGUUCCAAGAGGAGAGGGUCUACCUGCCCAAGAAACAAGCCAAGACGGAAGGUCCAGCUUCCACGCCUGGUGCAGAGCCUGUGAAGCCCGUAGACAACAGUACGCCGAACCUCGACGCACUCGCGUUGCUGGGCAUCAAACCGGAUCAGAUCAGCGCUACGGCUGGUGCUGCUGCUGCAAAAGCCGGCGCCAAGAAGGCCGGCACGUCGGGUUCGACGUCCAAACCCAACCGCGUGACGCUUGCCGACCUCUUCAAGCACGAGGACAAGGGCACAGGUCCAUUUGCCCCAAAGUGAUGAGGCUGCGCUACUCACUUGCGCACCGCAUUCAUCUGCGAUCUGCUUGUGCGCCGCCUUGUCGAGGACAAAGGAUCCACAUCUGUGCAUCCAGAAUGUUGAGCUAUCAGCGAUGAGAGCUACCUGGAUCGAAUACAGGGAUGCCUUGGCUCUUUCAACGCAACAGGCGCGGCGCUGCGUACCCUUUGGUCAGAGCGCGACCGAGACUGCUCUGUCCUCUCGAAAACCGUCACUGCUGGCGGUAUGUCUCGCGAGCCGUCAAUCAAGAAUGCUGAGAUCUCCUCUUCGAUGCUGCCAGAGCUGGCUUCUGCAGCCCGACCGAACCUGGGUCGAGCCUUGCGACGUCCAAAGUCUGCUUGAGAAAAGGCACCUUCGCUUGUCGAAGGUGCUCCACAUCCCCGAGGGACGAGAUUCGACUUGAUGGAUUCUGAAUGCAUGCUUGGUGGCU